AUGGACGUAGGAGAUUAUAAUAGCGAGGACGUAACAGCUCAAUCUCAGAUCAUUCCCGAUAAUAUUCUUCCAAGGUAUGUUGAACAAAUUCAGGACGAUGUCUCUGCCUAUCAGUCUAUCUAUGGCACCCUAAACUCGGAUGUUGGGGAGUUUCGUCUCCUGGUGCUCUUCCCAUCCACGAAUGAUGCAUCUCCACUUGAAUGUCAACUACGAACAGCCACUUUCAGCGACCCUGAAGCUUACGACGCUCUUUCCUACGUAUGGGGCGAGGCAAAAUUUACCGCCUCAAUACAACUGAACAGCGUUCCAUUUCUUAUCACACCACGGCUUGAAGAAGCACUGCAAUACCUAGGAUAUUGCGACAAACCACGAGUAUUGUGGGUUGAUGCACUGUGCAUCAAUCAAAGAAACAGCAAUGAGCUACGAUACCAGGUGGGACUCAUGCGUCAAAUAUAUACGAAUUGCAAGUCAGGAGUUGUUUGGUUGGGCCCGGACGAAGGUGGUGUCUUGGGCAGAGCUAUGACGCUUUUGACGAAGAUGGAGGGCUGUGACAUAGAAAGUCUUGGAUAUCAAGGGAAUAUCCAGAAAUCUGGACGCCGGAACUCAUUACAUAAACCCGAGGUGCUCUAUAAAUUGUCCCAAGAAUGA